AUGUGGAAUGAACAGUUCUUAUUCCCUGGCAGCCUCGAGGACAUAAGGGCCCUCAAAGGGAAGUGUUUUCUUCGGGAUUCCUUGCUGCCGGAGUUGCUCGUGUUUCCUGCCCGAACAGAUCUGCAUGAACACCCACUGUACCAGGCUGGUCACCUCAUCCUACAAGACAAGGCGAGCUCUCUCCCGGCCACGCUCCUGGCUCCACCUCCAGGUUCCCAUGUCAUCGACGCAUGCGCUGCCCCAGGCAAUAAGACCAGUCACUUGGCUGCUCUUCUGAAGAACCAAGGGAAGAUCUUUGCCUUUGACCUGGAUGCCAAGCGGCUGGCUUCUACGGCUACCCUGCUGGCCCGGGCCGGGGUUUCUUGCUGCGAGCUGGCUGAGCAGGACUUCCUGGAGGUCUCGCCCUCAGACCAGCGUUAUCGUCAGGUCCAGUACAUCUUGCUGGAUCCUUCUUGUAGUGGCUCUGGGAUGCUGACCAGACAGCUGGAGGAGCCCGGGACCGGCGUACCGAGCCAGGAGCGCCUGCGAGCACUGGCCGGCUUUCAGCAGCGGGCGCUGAGCCACGCGCUCACGUUCCCCGCCCUGCGGCGCCUCGUCUACUCCACGUGCUCCCUCUACCAGGAGGAGAACGAAGACGUGGUGCGAGCCGCCCUGCAGCAGAGCCCAGCAGCCUUCAGGCUGGCUCCUGUCCUCCCCUCGUGGCCGCACCGAGGCCUUGGCACUUUUCCAGGCGCUGAGCACUGCCUCCGGGCCUCCCCCGAGACCACGCUCACUGGCGGCUUCUUCGUUGCUGUACUUGAACGGGUAGAGGUGCCCAGCUCCGUCUCACAGGCUGAAGCAUCAGCCCCAGAAGUUACACCCAGCCCAGCCCCAAAGAGAAAGAAGAGGCGGCGAAAAGCAACAGCCGCCCCCAGCUCGCAGCCUGGCGUGUAGCAGGUGCUCGGAGCUUUGACCCCCCGGGUCCCCCCAGCAAGCUUAGUCUCGGGCCCUCAGCCCCAGGCAGCGGUUUCGUUCGCAAAGGCUCUUUCCAUGGCUGGAGGGGGAAAACCGGUAACCCCGUUUCUCCGGCGGGAAAG